UGAACUUUUAUCGGCAUUAGUGUCUUUCAUAUUUUUUCGCAUAACUGACACGUACAUACACAGUUUCUAUCAAAAAUAGAUAAGUACCUUUGUAAUUUUUUGCAAAUGUCAUAAGAUUUUUCUGUAAUUUGACUUGUGGGUGUUGAUAUCAGUGAAUAUGAGUCUGCUUAAAAUUAGGGCCAGCCCCCUCAACAUGAGGAAGAUAUAUGACGAGGAGGACGAAGACAACUUUAUAUUUUCCAUUCGUGAAGAAAUUGUAGGGAAUACCUUAAACCAAGUAAGCAAGAUUAUCCAGGAAAAUGAUGUAAUGAACCUGGUGGUAGACUGCGCUGUAGACGCUCUGAGAAAAGUGAUCGGUCUACAUUUUUACGUACAUACUAACGUCGUCGAUAUCGGUCAUCCGAACUGGAGUCCUGAUGAGCCAAUUCCUCCGUCCCCGCCUGAUUGCUUGACUACGAGGAUGGUCCCUAUAAGACCCCAGCCGACAGGAGUGGUAACCGAUCAAAAAGACCAAAAGCCGGAGCCCUGCCAGUGCGAGCUUGGUGUUGACUGUCUUUGUUUGAAGAGUCCCGGAGAAAGAAUUGAGCAAGCAUUGAUGGAACUUUCUAAGGAAAAGCCAAAGAAGACAAAGAAAUCGGUCGGAUCGACGACUGUGUCUUCAUCCAAAAGCAGUAUGACCCAUUCAUCUUUGUGUAAUACGGAAGAAUCUGAGCUGGAAAUGGAAGAAUUGCUGGUAAAGGACGAACCAAUGGAGGCGGAGGUGAUAACUACCGUCAUUGCCAAAAAGAAACCUGAAUUGGAUGUUCAAGUUCAAGCGGAUGUUAAGUUGCCCAAAAUAGAGACCCCUUCGUUGAAAGAGGGCAAAGAAGAAUCGAAAGGUUUUGACAUAGAACUGCCACCUAUAAG